CUUUGAUCAGCAUUUGGCCAUCUUUUCACCAAUUUCGGCACUUGAAUUCGAUAUGAAUUCGAAAUGGAUGCCGUUGCUGAAGCUGGUGUCGUUGCCCAUUCCACGGGCGUAAUUAUGUCAAUCUCUAGAGCUAUCUGUGGUCUGUCUUCUUGAUUAUACUUUUGAGUGUGUCUGUAUCUGUGUGUGUGUGUGAUGGCGUGUGUGUGUGAUGGCACCGGCUCUGUGUGAGCGGAUGUCUAGAAUGAUUCUUUAGUCGGUUGGCAGAGUUUCGUGGUUUCGUUUCAUCUGUUUUGUUUUCUAAUUUUUUUAAUUUUAUUUCAUUUUUUUCUGUUUUGUGUGUUUGUUUGUUUCCCACUGCCCUCUGCUCGAGCCGACUGAGUUCUCGGGAGCUUUUUGCAUAAAAACCUAGCGGCGUCCACCGAUUCUGUACAGUUCUUUGGAACUUUGCUUACAAUUAAGUAGGACAAUACACAGCGCAGCGCCACGCACAGAUUCUCCAGACAGGAUCACAACUAGUAAGCCAUGUCCAAGCUAAGCGCCCUACUCGUGCUCAGCUGCCUGUUGGCCCUGGCCUUGGCUCUGCCGGAACCACGCCUACAACAGAGACAGCUGCGCCAGCAGCUGCAGCAGAAGCAUCCGUACCUGUUCUUUACAGUGCCACGCGGACGCGCCAAUGCUGGUGCCGUGGUACAGGGCUUUGAGGUUGUGGAGGAACCCGAAGAUCUGGACAAUGAUGACGAUGACGACGCUGAGUCGGACAUCCCGGUGAGGCGCCUGCAGCACAAUGCUGACGAUGACCUUAAUGAUGAUGAUGACGAUGACGACCUGUCCGACGAUGAUGAUGAUGAUGUUGAUGAGCUGCCAGCAAAGCGUGGCGUCAGCUUCGCGCGCAAUGGCCACCUUGUGCUGCUCAAUGGCGGCGACAAUUUUGACAACGAUGUCGACGACGAGCAGGACGCUGACGAGGACACACACUUGCCCGUGGUGUUGGCCAAGUCGGGCCUGGGCCGCAAGUCGCCCGCUGUCAGCGGCCAGCAGCUGCUGAAGAACGCCAAGCCCACGCAGAUGAUGGUCGCCAGAGAUCAGGCUGGCGCCAUCAUGGUGCCCGACGGCAUCAUUGAGAUCGAGGGCCAGAGCGUCGUCGACGAGAAGACAGGCAAGGCAGCGCUGCUGGUGCCGCGCGCCGCCCUCGAUGCCAUACCCGACGGCGCCGUUGUCGCUCUGAUGGAGCGCUCUGCCGGCGAAUCUGAUGUCGGGGAGGAGCGCGCCAAUCGUGUCAUCGUGCGACGCCGCAAGACCGGUGGACGCCGUAAUGUCCAGCGUCGUCGUCGUGGCGGCCGUCCAGUGCGUCGUCGCAGCGGUGUGCGCCGCCGUGGCGCCGGCCCCAAUCGUCGUCGCAAUGUACGUGUCAUUCGCCCCAGCGGCAACCGCCGACGUGCCGGCGUCCAACGUCGCCGUGGUGGCCAGGUUAUGCUGCAGGGCUAAGCUGGACCAGACCAGAAAUAACUUUCUAGUAUUAUAGUUAAGAGCCAAACAGGACCAUAAAAGUGCGACAAUU